CUCGCUUUGUCCCACGCCCUUGAGCUUCCAGCUUCCUCCCAGUCCGUUCUCAUGGUCUUCAAUUGAUUCGCUGAGAAUGGCCACGCGAUCUGUCGCCCAGCGAAAACGAAAACGCGACUCGACCUCGCAGUCCGUAGACUGGCUAAACAAUAUUGAACCUGCCGAUCGGGUCAGCCACAGUUCCCCGGCUCGGCCUCGUCGCCCCUUGCGCCGUCAAACGGCGAGGAAGACACAGAUUCCGCAGAGUGAUGAGAUCUUGGGGAGUCCUCAGUCUCCCGAAGAGAGCGGAACGGCCGUAUCCAAGCGCAUUCCGCAAAGUGAGCCGAUUACCCCAAGACGGUCCAAACGUCUACAAGAUCAUCCAGCGAGUGAAAGCACCCCCAGUCGAAAAGGCGUUAUUGUACAGGUAGAUAGGAGCGCCAGCAGAAAGCUCACAAGUGACUAUGUCAGUGGUUCUGAUAACCACUCUGACUAUGAGUCCGGUAGAGACUCGGACGAGUCUGAGGAGAGUAUGAAGAACCCCACUCCGCGAAGUGCUAUCGCUGGGAACAGUCACCAGCCCAACGGGCAGGAUGAAAAUAUGCGCAGGGGCUCUUUCAAUGGGGCAUCCUCAGGGUCGCGUCAAGCUGCGGUUGAUGGCGAAUCAUCUGGCGAAAAUUCUGAUGAGAGCUCUGACAAAUCCGAGAGCUCUAUCGAGAGAACGAGCCCUAAAACUCAACCCCCACACAUUAGUGAAAGUUCCAACAAAAAGGGAACCAAUCACGAAGAUAUUGUUGCUGGGCUGCCUAUCCGGGACAAGCCAUAUUUGAGUGGUGGUGUCGGUGAGGACAAUGGUUCCGACGAUAGCUCUGAAGCCUCUUUUCAAAAUAACCUCCAUGAGCCAGAGGGAGCCCCGAACCUCCCGGACGAAUAUAUACAAGAUAAUUCCGAGGAAGACGAUCCUACUCAUGUGGAACUUUUUCCCGAAGACGACGGCGACGAUGAUGGUGAGCGACACACCAAGGACUUCUCUCCUUCAGAGCAACUGCAGCACGAGCAAGAGAUGAACGUGAACAGCGAGGAGGUGGCCAAAUAUACGGCCAUACCCGACUACGAACAGGAGACAAACAUGAACAGUCAGGAGGUAACAGAAGAUGCGACUGUACCUGACCACGAACAAGAGACGAAUGUGAACAGUCAGGAUGUGGCGAGAGAUAUGAUCAUGUUUAACUACGAGCAAGAGGCAAACGUGAAUAGCGAUGGAGUAGCGGAAGAGGCAGCUGAGGAAACAGAGUACUCUCCUUCGGAUGAGGGAUCGGCCUCGGCGGGAUCUUCGGAUGCGUCUGCUUUAUUCAGGUAUACUCCCGAGGGCACUGAAGAGGCUUCGUCGCCGGCGGCGUCUCCGGAACCAAGGCCACGGCCGCAGAAUGAUCGCCGCCAAAAGCAUGAGGUCGGGAAAUCACGUCAGCAAAGAACGUUGUCAGUCUCUCCAAGCAUGCAAAAGCGCACCGACAGUCCCGGCGAACAGACUACAAGCUUUGAAAGUGCGAGGAGCACGGAGACUCCAAUUGACGAGGGAAAUGUAUGGUUUGCAAAAGCCAAACUACUUGGAGGGCAAAAGAAAAACUGGGAGGUCUUGAUCUCCGAGGCGCGUGCUGCUGCUGAGGUUAUCACUUCAUCCCGAGACCACUAUUUCCAAGAAAUCGAGGCUUCGAUGAUCUCUUUGCAGGAGGAAUACACCACGGUAGUCGACAGCUUGCGAAAACAAUGUCUACCAGCACCAGGGACGCAAAAGAAGUGCGAGAGGCUCCGCCGCGAUAUUGGUGAUAGAGGAAACCAACUCCGUGAUAGGAUCUAUUACCGCGCGGCCAAGCGGGGCGAAGAGAGCCGGCUGCUUAGUGGAAAAUUGGCGGAGGAAUUUGAGGCGCGCAUAUACUACCCAAUGGUGAUGAUUAUUGUUGCGUGUUUCGAAGCAUAUUGCCACAAAGACAUGCGUCAGCUCUUUCCACGUGCCCAUGGCCAUCUUCUCCAGGCCAUGAAGCUGCUGCAUAAUUUCUGUAACCGCAGCCACGCUCAGGAAGUCACGGGGCGCGUUUCAUUCCGAAGCCGAGGCGGGGGUCUGAAAAGGAUUCUCGACAAAUUGAUUAAAGCUCUGCAGGACGGUGCACUGCGUGAUCGUGGUUCCGCCGAUGCGUCAGGUUCAAAAAACAUACGUCGGCGGCGGCGGCAACAGCAGCAGCCAAGCACGACACAGCAAGCUGCAGGUGCUGAAUCAACUCCAUCCCCCGAGCUUACCACUCGAACCAGGGUUAGAAGCCCUUCUACUGAGUCGGUGUCCUCCCUUGAUCAGAGAGAAUGGACAGAAGAUGAAGGAAUCGCUCUGGUGCAAGGACUGAAGCGUUAUCAAGGUCCAGGACGCUAUGAUCAAAUAUUAGGACGGUUUUCUAGUAAAUUAAGGGGGCGGACUGUUCGGGAGCUCCGGGCCCAGGCGCAGCAGCUUCAGGCCGCAUGGGCAUCUCAUAUCGAAGAGACGGUGAGGACGCAGGAGCAACGACAACAAUGGCAGUGGUUAUCGGAGGUGUGACAGCCAUGACAGGAUGAG